AUGCCCCACUGUGUAUUCUGUGGGAAGGUAACAACUACACACGAGGGUCUCAAGAGACACGUUGCAGGACGUCCUGAAUGUCGACGGCAGUGGGCAUCAAUGAUCGAAGAUGUAGAGGCAGAGAACUUAGACGACGCACCAGAUGUUGACUUCCCCCAUCAAGAUGCAGCACCGGCGGGUCAUGUACACUCGCGCCCGUCUCCAGAUACCGACAAUAACCCAGCGCUCCGCAAAACUCGACGGACUACAGUUGAGGAAGUCGAGGAUGAGGAUGGGAUGUUGUUCCCCAAUAACGGGCGAUAUUUCGAACCUCAGUCGGAUGCUGGCUGGGCACUGCGUGAGGGGGAGACGAAUUUUGAAAGAUAUAGAACGUACCAAGAGGAAGAGGGUGAGGAUCCAUGGUCGCCUUUCGAGGAUGCGGAAGAAUGGGAUCUGGCCCAGUGGCUCGUCAAGAACCUCGGUCAGACGCGAACCGACGAAUUCCUAAAACUGCCCAUUGUAAGUUUGAAAGUACACAAAACCGCACUGAAACUUUCGUUUCAUAACAACUGCUCAUUCUUGCAGUGCGUGGACGAACUUCCACACGGGCCAGGAUGGAGUUGUAAGAAGGUGACUGUGCGUGGUAACUGCGAGGAUGAGAACGGCGAGAUGUUGCAAGAGGAGGUUGAGUUGUGGUGCCGCGAUCCUGUAGAGUGCGUGAAAGAGCUCAUUGGCAACCCUGCCUUCAAAGAAGAUAUGGCCUACUCACCUGCCAAAGCAUAUGCAGACCGUGCAGGGCAAGAUAGGGUGAUCGACGAGAUGUGGACAGCAGACUGGUGGGGCGAUAAACAGAAAGCCUUGCCAGAAGGUGCCACGAUAGCACCAAUCAUUCUAUCUUCAGACAAAACGUCCUUGUCGCAGUUCCGAGGGGAUAAAUCGGCGUGGCCGGUGUAUAUGUCCAUUGGAAACAUCACUAAAGCAAAACGGCGCCAAGCAUCAGCACGAGCAACAGUCCUGAUUGGUUACUUACCAGCAGGCAAACUGGACUGUUUCACCCCCGAUGCACGCUCCUUGGCUGGAUACAGGCUGUUCCACCAUUGCAUGGCUCUACUGCUUGAACCUCUCAUCGGUGCUGGAAAUGACGGUGUUGAAAUGGUGUGUGCGGACUCGUGGGUUCGUCGUGUCUACCCAAUUCUUGCAGCAUACGUUGCCGAUUUCCCGGAACAGUGCUUGGUCAGUUGUUGCAAAGAGAACCGAUGUCCGAAGUGCCUUGUAGCAGCAAAUGAGCGAGGGGAUGCACUCAACUCAGGCAAUGCGCGCAAGAUUGGUCAGCAUCCUCCGGAAUUCGAGGCCAAUGGUUUACGUGCCGUUUACAAACCAUUUUGGGCUGAUCUCCCUCACGCGGACAUUUUUCUAGCGUUCACGCCCGACCUUUUGCAUCAACUUCACAAGGGUGUGUUCAAAGACCACCUUGUGAAGUGGUGCAUCGAUAUCAUUGGGGAGGAUGAAAUGGACUCACGUUUCAAGGCGAUCCCGAAUUAUCCCGGCCUUCGACACUUCAAGAAAGGGAUAUCGAGUGUGAAGCAGUGGACGGGACGUGAACACAAAGAGAUGCAGAGAGUAUUUGUUGGCUUAUUGAGCGGAGCAGUACCUAGUGUUUUGGUAGUUGCACGAUCUAUUCUCGACUUCUCGUAUUUUGCCCAGCUUCAAGUUCAGACGACUGAGUCCCUCGAAGCCCUACAAACCGCCCUGACUACAUCCUCAAGGAGGCUCGCUGUUCGAGAGCAUUUCAACAUUCCGAAACUACACCAGCUCUCUCAUUACGUCCAGUCGAUCACGUUGUUUGGCGCAGCUGACGGCUUUAAUACUGAACUUCCAGAGCGCUUACACAUUGAUUUCGCAAAAGAUUCAUACCGUGCUAGCAACAAACGGGACUACGAAGAACAAAUGGCUUUGUGGCUCCAACGCCAAGAAGCCGUAUUUUUACGUAGCGCAUACCUGGAUUGGUUGUCCCAACAGCCUCGCUCCAAGUCACCUGCGGAUUCGGACACGGACUCGGAGUCAGAAACACCAAAUCUUCCCGCCGCUGAACCACUUCAAGCAACACAUGUCCUUGCGAAAGCCCCCGCACAUCCUCACCAAUCCGUUGGAACCAUCAUAACAGCACACGGUGCUACCGAGUUCCUCCCUGCUCUCCGAUCCUUCUUGCUCAAGAAUCUCCCGCGCAACACCAUAGUCCCUGGACUUCAAGACCGAUUCGAUCUUUAUCGUCAAGUGGUGAUCGUGACGCCACCUGAUUUACGAGUUAGCGACGUGCCACAGCGAAGGCGGAUCAGGGCAACACCAGAAAUGUUGCCGUCAGGCCGGAAGCCUGGUAUCCCAGCCCGGUUUGACAUGGCCUUGAUAGCAGACAGGCCUCGCUCUUCUAACUUCCAUACUCUUGAAGGUAUUUUUUUUCCGGGUUUCUCAGCGGUCAAUUUUGAUAAUCGUCUUGUUGCAGGUGUACGUGUAGCCCAAGUUCGCGCUAUUUUCACCCUACCUCGCCAGUUCGGCGCAUAUUCCAGAGCCCUCGCCUACGUCGAGUGGUUCACUCCUUUCAAACCACCAGACCCUGUUUCUCGAAUGCGACAGGUCUCGCGCUCAACACGACAACUUUGCCGCAACGCCGCUGUAAUCCACGUUGACGAAAUCGUGCGGCCGUGCCACCUUAUACCGAAGAUGGGACCAACAGUAGAUCUGAGGUUGAGAAGCGGAAAUGCAUACGAGGUGGCGAACGAUUUUUAUUUCAACGAGUUCAUCGAUGGCGAAAUGUUUUGCGCAUGUGUUAUAAGUAAUUAG